UAAAAAAACUCAUUAAAAUCAUAUAACGAUUCAAAACUAUGACGGAACGAUGACCACAUCUUUUGUACUUAAUACAAAGAAAAUGACAACAUCUUCUUCUUCUUCUUCCUCUGUAAUUAUGAAGAACCGUUGAAGAGAUUUGCAUAAAUACAAUCUUGUCUUGUGAAUAUAUAUAAAAAAGACUUUCUGCAAAAGUAAUCAUUCAACAAGUUCUUUAUUAUAAGAAAUGGAUGAAGAAGCAGCGAUCGAUCGUUUACCUUUACACCUUCUUGCUUAUAUAUUUUCUCUGGUCACCUCUUUCACCGAAUUGGCCCAAGCAAGUGGGGUUUGUAAGAAGUGGAGAAAAGCUGUGAACCAAUCCAUGGCAAGAAGACAAUCUCUGAGCUUUGCUGGUUGGAAAAUGGACGAUGAUUCCACUUCUCGUCUCGUUCAUCUCGCUUACAAUCUCAAAGAACUCGACAUAUCUAGAAGCAGAUGGGGUUGUCAUAUAACUGAUAAUGGUCUUUACCAGAUAGCUUCUACUAGAUGUGUAUCCAAUUUAACCUCAAUCUCUUUAUGGGGCAUGACCGCCAUUACUGACUCUGGUGUUGUUCAACUGGUAUCAAAAACUUCUUCCUUGCAACAUCUGAACAUUGGAGGAACAUUCAUCACCGACGAGUCCCUUUUCGCCAUUGCAGAACGCUGCCAUCACCUCAAGACAAUCAGUAUGUGGUGUUGCCGCCAUGUGACAGAGAGAGGCCUUCUUGUUCUCGUCAACAAAUGUAGAAAACUAGAAUCUCUCAACUUAUGGGGAACUAGAGUUCCUGUUGAUUGCUUCAUUGCUUUACUUACCAUCAGUCCUGCACUUCAGAUCAAACCCAUUCAGUUACUCCUCAAUGCUCAGAAUCCACCACCACCUUUGUUGCAUGCUGUCUAGUCUUUUGUUGCUUUCCUUUGUAUAUAGUAAUUCAUAAAAAAAAAACUGAACUCUCCAAUUCUCUUAUGUGUUCUCUCAUCAAUAAAAAGAUUAUAUAAAUUA